AAAACACAUAUUGUUGGAUGCAAAUAAAAACAAAAGAAAUACAAAGAUGGAAUUUCCUAAUACGGGAGAAAAUUGUGCAUUGGACAAUUGUAAACAAUUAGAUUUUCUACCAUUUAAAUGUGAUCAAUGUCAAUUGACAUUCUGUAAGAAUCACUUUAACGCAGAGUCACAUAAAUGUUCUAAACCUCAAUCAGAUGUAGUAACGUUGUCUAAAGAAAAAUCUUCUAAUUACGUUUGUUCUAAAGAAGAUUGUAAAGAAACUUCAGUCGUUGAAAUGUUAUGUUAUAAAUGUAAGAUACAUUUCUGCUUGAAACAUAGAUAUCAUGGUUGUAUGGAAGUUAGUGACGAUGAGACAUUAAAGAAACUUAAAAAAUGGCAAAUACCUAAGAGACAAUUUGCCCAAGCUAAGGCUAUUGUAGAUCAAGAAGUUACAGAUUCUUUAAGAAAAUCUAAAAAUACUGCUAUGGCUAACAAAGUACAAUUGAUGCGUGUUAAAAGUACUGCUAUAGGUCCUAAAAAUGUGCCUAUCAGUGAACGUUGUUACUUUCUCGUAUAUUAUCCGAUAACUGUUUCAAGUAAAGACGCCACUGUCUGCAAAGGUAUUUUCACUAACAAAAAUUGGACCAUUGGUAAAAUCAUAGAUUCCAUAGUGGAAGUACUUAAAAUUCCUAGCAACAAUAAUACUUCAACUACAAAUAAAUUACGUUUGUUCAACUACAAUACGGGUGCAUCGAUAAGCGAUCAAAUGGAUAUUCGUUUAACAGAUCUAUUCGAAAAUUCUAUACUCAUAGAUGGUCAACGUAUUAUUUUAGAAUAUUCUGAUGAUACGUCUGUAGAUGUUAAUCUAUAUAAAUAAAUUUAUUUAAAAUCUAUCUUACUUUUGUAAGUGUAUAAUAAAUCCUAUGUACUCUUUUAACAUGUUAAAAGCUAUGCUGGUUUCUAUAAUCUAAUCUUAGACUUUUCAUUCAAGCCACAACAUUCUCGUGUAUUUUUUUGGAUAACAGAUUAUUGUUGCCUGAAUGAAAAGCUAAAUAAAAGAAGUUCAACGUUUAAUGUAUUAAAUAAUUGUAUCAUGUCAACGAUAGCAAGGAUUUAGUCAUAUUAGAAUAAUACUUGUUUAUUACAAACUAGAUGGUUUCAUAUAUCAGUUUUACAUUUAUUGUUGAUAAAAAGACACAGUAAAUCCAUUUUUUUAUA